AAGGUAUCGAAGUUGCGCGCGCAACUUCUGUUCGCGCGCGCCAUUCUUCGAAAGGUUCGUAGUCGCGCGGCUCGCGCAGUCGGCGUCACACUUAUCACGAGUGGAGUGUGCGUCUCUUCUUCUUCUUCUUCUUCUUCUCCUUUUCGCGUCAUUCUCUCAGUUGGUCGGAAUUAAAACGCGAACAAGAAAGCUCUUUUUAUCAUUAUCAAUUAACAACGACGACGACGACGACGACGAUCUACUCGCGAGUUAUUAUAUCAUCGUAAAAAACUCGACGAAUAAUAUUCUCCCUCUCUCUCUUUCUCUCUCCCUUUCUUUUUUUUAUUACUUUUUUCAUUCCCUACUUCUUUUUUUAUUUAUUCCGUCUCUUUUGAAAGAAGCCGGCCGGCAAGUAGGCGCAAGUAGUUUGCAGUGCAUCGCACGUGGUUCGCGCGCACGCAUGCACGUUUUCGCGAUUAAACAAUCUAUUUUGCACAUUAGUUAUUUCUAUUUAUCAUUAUAUUUUCUAUCAACUUUAUAAUCGCGAAUAUAUAAGAAGGAAAAAAAAAGAAGAAUCAGUGCGGUAAGGCGUGUGUUAAAGAUCAAAAGAGUUUUAAUUAUACUCUUUGUUAAAUAUAAAUAAAUAACAAGGAAAGAAAAAGGGAAAUUCAAUUGAUCGAAGCAGAGUCUGGCGCGCACGUCAUAAACGUAUAAUCGUCGAAUAAAUAACACAAUAUAUAUAAAAAUCGUCGUGUGAUCGUCGUCAUUGUAUUUUAUUUGACGGGUGAUUGGGUGACUGGUGGGGAGACGGUCAGGGGUACGGAGGAGGAGGAGGAGGUGGAGGUUUCGUGACGUAGUAGUAGUAGUAGUAGUAGUAGAAGAGGAGGUGGAGGAGGAGGAGGAGGAGGAGGAUGGAGGUUCGCGGCGCACCCGCGACGGAAGAAGCGGGCACCGGGACUCCUUCACCGGUUCCACCACCUUCGUCAUCGUCGUCUUCUUCAACAUCGGCGAUUUCGGCAUCGGCAUCGGCGGUGGUUUCGUCGGCGUCGGCGUCGGCGUUGGCGUCGGUGUCGGGGUCGGUGUCGGGGUCGGUGUCGGCAUCGUCAACGUCAAUUGCACCGACGGUAGCGCCAUUGCCGGUAAUUGCAGCGUCAACUCCGUCAACUAAUUGCGCGGCAAUGCCCGUCGCCGCGACGCACGGCGUCGCGAGUCCCCCUCAACAGACGCCCCCGGCUGUCAUCGCAGCGGCCAUCGCCACCGCCACCGCCACCGCCGUCGCCGUUCCUAAGAUUUUCAGCAGGAACGUCAACGGAACUCUCGUACAAACGUCAGUCCCACAAAACGAAGCAGAAUUGCAGUUAUACCGAGUUAUGCAGCGUGCUUCGUUACUCGGAUAUUACGAUACUCUUCUGGAAAUGGGCGGGGACGACGUUCAACAAUUGUGCGAUGCUGGGGAAGAAGAGUUCCUUGAAAUUAUGGCAUUGGUCGGCAUGGCCAGCAAACCUCUUCACGUACGAAGACUUCAGAAGGCUCUACAGGAGUGGCUCACCAAUCCCUCUCUAUUUCAAACACCAGUUGUACCAACAACCACUGGGACAUGUAAAAAUCCACCAGCGGUCGUUGGUUUCCCUUGUGCCAGUCCUCGAGCACAAGUACAAGUUCCACAAGUGCCACAAGUACCACAAGUCGCUGUUUUCUCAACGACAGCAUCGACUACUGUUACGACCACCUCAACCAUGCUUCCAUGUCGUAGCAUCAGUCCUAUUGUUUCGGUUACUAGCGUAGCAGCAUCGGCUGGUUCUACGACUUAUAGGCAAACUCCGAGUCCCGGUUCCUCGAUAUUACCAGUUGCUGCAUCCUAUGUACCACCGACUUCCCACAGUCCUGGUGUACUUCAAGUUGGCACCUGUGAAUCUUCCUGCGGUAGCGGAACUACCCCAAGUCCUAGUGGCACCUGUGCACCUGCUAGUCCUACACAAUUAACACCUACUUUAUUACAUUCCCAAAUACAACGGCUUGCCGAAGCUGCCGAAAGACUCGCUGCUACGAUCAGACCGGUCGAUCCUAAACCUCAUAACGUUAAAAAGAAAUUUUGUAAAAAUCUCGAACUGGUCAUGGCCAUGCCCGAUAAUGAUCCUCGUAGAAUGGAAGAGAUUAGAAAGUACGCAGCAAUUUAUGGUAGGUUCGAUUGUAAAAGAAAACCAGAGAAACCGUUGACGUUACACGAGAUCUGCGUGAACGAGGCUGCCGCACAGAUAUGCAGGUUCGUCCCGGCACUUUUGACUAGGAGGGACGAACUAUUUCCAUUGGCCCGUCGAGUAGUUCGAGAUUCCGGUUAUCAUUAUGUUAAAAGUCAAUAUUUGUCAAUGUCCUCGACGAGGCAACGAGAAAACGGCGAGGAGAACGAGUUAGAGCGAGGAAAACGAAGAAAGCUCGAACUCGAGGGUGAGGCCGAGGACGCGAUGCAGGAAGAAUUGGAUCUACGAUGUUCCGUCAACGAAGUUAAUAACGCUGGCAUUAGAAGACAUGGCUCGUCGAGAUAUUCGCAAUGUUCCAGUCCAGUUUGGAGGAAGAAGAGUAAUAACGGAGUAUUUGGUAGUAACGUCGAGGAAAUCAGCGAUUCGGAUAGUCAAUUUUCAUUCUCAAACGAAGAAUCAUCGUCAAUGCAUUCAUUUCGUAUCGUAUUUCAGGACACCAUAGACGCAGAAACGGAAAAUACGGACAAGGAAAACGAUUUCAAUUUAAAAGUAAUAGCAUCUCGCGGGGAUAACAUAAUCGCUGUUGCGAAUCCUGCAUUGAUGGAAUGCGGUCAUCCAAUAAAAGAAGAACCAGCUGACGAAAAACCUACUCUGUGAUAUUACUAUAAUCUUGAAAUGAUAAUUGAUAGAAACGAAUCAUGGUUCUUUCUUUCAUGAUUAUUAAUCCACUAUUAUUGUUCACGCGAGAACAUCCGAACAUCAUUGUAGUCUCAUUCGAUAUUAUAAUGAUUGCUGCUGUUGUUAUUGUCAUUGCUAUCACAUAGUCGAUGAUAAUUAAUAAUAAUGAUGAUGAUGAUGAUGAUGAUGAUGAUGCUUGGUAACAGAGAUGUGUCAGGUUGAAUGCAAACAAGAUUUCUUCUUCCAAUUAGUCAAAAUCGGUAUUACAUACGAUUGACAAUGAGAGAUUUUGAGACAAUUGUCGCUUGUUAUCUAGUUCUAGUAUAAAUUCAUAUUAUUAGUAAAUAAUACUCGCAUCGUAUUAUGAUGGCAUUUUUAGAAAUUUAUAGACUGUAAAACUAGCGCGUUAAGAGACUUAAAACACAAAAAUGCUAUUCGUCGAUGUACAAGAUAUAAAAGAAAGAAAGAAAGAAAGAAAGAGGAAAAAAAAGAAAAAUAAUUGUAAAUAUAUAAGAAAAAAAACCAUUGUCAUUUUAUUCGUAAAAUAGCGUCUAAACGUCAUUUACUUUCCUUCUUAAAUCGCAUUCGAUUUUUUUUGUUUCGUAAAACAUUUUCAACCCUUCUUUACAGUUUUUAUUUCAACAAAAAACGAAAUAGCUGCGUUAUAUUAUUCUCUUCGUCGAAAUACAUAACACGAUGAUGACUGAUAAAUGUAUGGAUUUUACUAACCCAUUUUGUUUUUCUACAUCUUACUCACCGAUAUUUUAAUCUUUUAAUGAAAUUUUGAUUAUUUAUAUAUUCUCCGUGUUGCGAGCUUUGUUAAUUUGUCGAUAAUUUAUUUUCCGAUUUGUCUGAAAUAUCGCGUUGACUGAAAAAUUGACAUAGAAAAAAAUAUACUCACUUAACAACAAAAUGAAUGUCUCAAUAACAAAAGGGUUUAAAAAAAGUAAACAAAAAAAAAUAGAUAAAC